AAUAUAUGCCUAUUCUCGCAUUUCUUGGUCCAAAAAUCAAAUUCAGCCCAGAUAUUAUUCUGCCACUGAUUUCGCUAUGCACUAGUGAGGAGAGUUCACUGUCUCAUAAUGAAUCUGUGAUUCGGAAAUCUUCCGCCUCUUUAUUCUCCUUCAUGUGGCAUGGUUUUAUAUCUUGUGGAAAUAAGAACUAAAACUUGGGAGGUUGAGCAUUGAUGGGUACCAGAAACCUUGUCAUGCUCAAAACACAUAUUGAUUCAAUCAAUUUAUGUUUUCCUAAUGUUUUUGUUUAUGAAAACGUGCUUUGGGUCUUGACUUCUCUUUGGGUUCUCUUCUGCAAUUAUGUGCUCUAUUCCUUGGGGUUGAUACUCAGAUACAUCUUCAGGUUUCAAGUAGAAGAUAGGAAACAUGAGCGUCUUGUUCUUCUAGCUACAGGUGAUCAAACAAAGAGGAAUCAAUCUGAAGAUUCUGAUGUUGAUGGACUCACACAAGAGCUGGGUAAUUUGCUAUUUCUCACCAGUGAAAAUUUUCUUGUAGCAAGUGAAGAAAGAGAAGGAGAAACAGAGUUCUCGGAUUCAGUGGAAAUUGACUCUCAAUCUGAUAAUCAUCAACAUGCUAAGAAAAGAGAAGAAGAAACAGAUUGCUCUGUUUUAGAGGAGAAAGACUAUGAAGAGCACGAAGAAGGUAAAAAAAGAGGAGAAACAGAGGAGUCUGUUUUCACAGAGAAUAUCCUAAAGGAUGGUGAAGAUAUUGAGAAAAUAGAUAAAGAUGAAGCAGAUAGUUCUGUUUUCUUGGACGAUGAUUCCUAUUUUCUCCACGAUGACAAGAAGAAGUUAGAAGAAGAAGAAAAGAUAGAAGAUUCUUUUUUCACAGAUACUCACUCUGAUGCAACAAGUGGUUUGGUAGAAGAACCAAGGACCAUGAUUUUCACUUUCCUACAAAAUUAUAAAGUUGCAAAUGUUUCUGAUGAUGCAUUUUCCAGCACUGAAAAUAUUUGCAAAAGGGAACUUUCAGAGCAUAAUUUGGAGCAAGGCCUUGUGUCUCAACGAGAAGAAGAGGAAGAGCACUCUGUUCAAGAACAGAGAACUUCCACAUCCAGUUCAACUUUUGGUGGAAGUGGUUUAUCUGAUGAUAAUUAUUUUCUAUAUGAUAAUUCAUUGUCAUCUGACCUAGGGUCAGAAUCAUUUAACACAAACUUUGAUGAUUCGGUAACACGUCAAAUUCGGGGUUCUAAACAUUCUAGUGAAGGGUUUGAUUCUGAAAGUCUUAAGACAAUUAAAGAUGAAAGAGUUGAAGACACAGAGGAAACUCAAUUUUCAUGUGAUAGUGAAGUCUCACACAGUCUCAAUUUUCAUCUCGAUGUGGACAAUGGUGGUGAAGAGGAAGAAGGGUUCAACUUGGAGGAAACUAAAGAAACCACGUGGGAAGAUAACUCAGAUGAAUCAGAAUUUGAUGAAGAAGAUGAAGAUGACUAUGAGUGGGAGCAUGAUGAGUUAGUGGAACAACUGAAAUUGGAGCUUAAAAAUGCAAGACAAGGAGGACUUGCAACAAUUUUAGAGGAAGAAGACGAGGAGUUAGGGUCUCCAAAAGUUGUUGAGGAUCUAAAGCCACUAAUAUUUGAGGAGAAGAUCAAAUACAAGGAUCACAUUCUUGAAAUUCAAAAGGUUUAUAGGAGCUAUGCUGAGAAAAUAAGGAAGCUGGAUGUCUUGAAUUACCAGACCAUGCAUGCAAUAGGUCUUCUUCAACUAAAAGACCCUCUAAACUUAAUGUUAGUGCCAAAAUAUACCGUCCAAAGUGCGAAGCCUCAAAUAUCUCAAAAUUUGUGGCCACGCAAAGCACCAAAGCACAUAUCUGACCCAAUCUUGAAGAUUGUCGAUGAACUGCAUAGAGAUUUGGAAUUGGUGUAUGUUGGGCAGGUUUGCCUUUCUUGGGAAAUCCUGUGUUGGCAACACAAAAAGGUUGAAGAGUUAAAACAAUAUGAUUCGCAAUGGCCUCGUAGGUAUAAUCUAGUGGCUGGUGAAUUUCAACUUUUUCAAGUCCUCAUGCAACGGUUUUUAGAGGAUGAGCCAUUCCAAGGUCCAAGGAUUCAGAAUUAUGUCAAGAAUCGUUGUGUCAUACGCAAUUUGCUCCAAGUUCCCGCCAUUAAAGAUGAUAAUACGAAGGAUAAGAAAAUAAUUAAGUGGGGUGAAGAGGAUGCAAUUGAUAGUGAAAGGUUGACAGAGAUCAUCAAGGAAUCCAUGAGAGUGUUCUGGGAGUUCGUUAAAGCAGAUAAAGAUUAUGGGAACAUGAUCCUUAAAUCUCAUCGUACUGAAAUUGAUGUCAAGGACCCAGCAAUUUUAGAUCUUCUUGGGAAUGUUCGAACUCACCUACAAAAGAAGGAGAGAAAGCUCAAGGACAUAGUGAGGAGCGGGAAUUGCCUAGUAAGGAAGUUUCAAAAGCACCAUGAGGAUCAUAUUCAACUUGGUCAUGAGCAAUUGCUAGCUCAAGUGGGAUUGAAACUGGUUUCAAGGUUGGUACAAAUGAAAAAAUUGAGGAAGGAACAACUACUAUGGUGUGAUGAAAAAUUGAACCAAAUCAAAUUUGUUGGUAGGAAGAUCCAUGUGGAGUCUUCUUUUUUGCUUUUUCCUUGUUGAUGUAGAGAUACUUGUUAUUUCCUCGGAAAAUUACGUAGUAGCAUACACAAAAGCCAUGCUCGUUACAAAAAGUCAUACCGGAAUACAUCAAAUUAAAGUUAACACAUUGAUGGAAUGCUAAUUCAAAUUUUUGGGAUCAAAUAUGUUUACAUUUUAGUUUGUGUU